AUGUUUGUGUGUGCCUGUACGACAGUGCAUGUUCGAGACUGCUCUGAUUUCAAGGUUGAGAUGUACCAUUACAAUGAACUAACUGAUAUGGAUAUCACUUUCAUAAAAAAGGCAAUUAAACACAACUUCCCCUCCCUCCACCCUGCACAAACACAGGACGACGCGGCUCCCGUGACCGUCUCCGUGUACAUGGAGAGCCAGUGCCCAGACAGCGCCCGGUUCGUGACAGAGCAGCUUUAUCCGGCGUGGCUUCACCUGCGGGACAUCCUCGCACUCGAUAUCAAUUUCUAUGGGAAAGCUCAGGACGAGCCGAGUCCCGGCGGAUACGCGUUCACCUGUCAACACGGGCCUGAGGAGUGCAAGGGCAACAUGAUGCUAACAUGCGCCAAGAAAUACAUUCCCUGCGAGGACAGAUACAUGGCAUUCGUGAACUGCGUCAUGAGGGAACGGGCAGGAGUCGGGGCGGGAUAUAUGUGCGCCCAGGAGGCAGGCAUCAGUUACCAAGAAAUCGCCACCUGCUCGAACAGCUUCGAAGGCCAAAGGCUCUUGCAUGAGGUGGGCGAGAAGCAGAGGAGGUUAAACGUCCUCGUAUCCUAUGUGCCCUUGAUUUUCAUCGAUGGAAUAUUUUCAGUAGAUUUAAUUGACGCUGCUGAAGCCAAUUUCGGGAAGCUGGUGUGUGAGACCUACCGAGGACCCAAACCAGACAGCUGUUCCUUCUAUGAGUUUUUUGUACAGCUUUAG